AUGACUGGAAUGGAAAAAGAACAAGAUGUUCGUAGAGCUGAUGUUAAUUCUCAGUUGCAUUCAUCAAAAGAUGAUAACAAUGGUAGCCAAUUUCAGAGGCUGCAGUAUCAAGUUACGAAACUGUUCAAGGGCUUUUCAAGUCCACCUGAUGUUGAAAAUCAAAACAAAACUUACAAUCCUGAGAUUUUGACUAGUCUCAAGCGUCAAUGGGCUGCAAAUUUUCAGUUGAAGUAUAUGGGUCAUAGGUCUUUCAAGAAGCCGUCGCAACUGUUUGAGAGCAUAGUGGUUGUUGGACUUCACCCGAAUUGUGAUGUUCAGACACUACAUACACAAUUUGUUGAUAAAAAGUUUGAAGAAUCUGCUAAAUUGAGAAGUGCACUUGGUUGUCAGAAUCAAUCUCUUGUAGAACCCAAUAUUGAACCUCAGGUCUUGUUUGUUUAUCCUCCAGAAAAACCUAUGCCUCUUAAAUGCAAGGAUCUUCUUUCUUUCUGUUUCCCUGGAGGCUUGGAGGUUCGAGCUGUUGAGAGAACCCCUUCCAUGAGUGCGUUGAAUGAAAUUUUUUACGGACAGGAACACCUUAAGCAAAUGGAUCUGUCAUUUGUGUUCAGAUUACAGGGUUCUGACAAUUCAACACUUUAUGGGUGUUGUGUUUUGGUUGAAGAACUAGUGCAAAAGCCCUCUGGAUUACUGUCUCUGAUUUCUGACAAGCAACCAUCUUACUCUUCUUUAAGACGAUAUGUGUUAACCACUCAGAGAUGUUACUGCAUCCUUUCAAGGCUUCCAUUUUUCGAACUGCACUUUGGUGUAUUAAAUAGCAUCUUCACUCAAGAAAGGUUAGAGAAGUUGACAAAAAGUGUUGAAGAUUCAAAUUUAGAAUUUGUUGAAGGUAGCUAUGAUAAAGAAAACUCAGAGGGAAAUUCAGAAAAUGUGUUGGUGAGCAAUGAUAUCAUAGAACCCAGGUUUCAUGAAAAUUCAUUGAUUUCUCAAUCAAGAGUAAGAGCACCUACACCUGAAAACAUUGUAUGUGAUGGUCACCCGAAGAACCUAAUAGUUGAUGGAGAGGUGCAGCCUAGUAAGGAGAGAGUCCAUUAUGACAGUGUUGUGCCUGCUGCACAUGAAAGUGAUAGGAUAGCGUCCAAAGAAGAAACAGGCCCUAAAAUUUCUGAAGAUGGUGAUGGUCACCCGGAGAACCUAAUGGUUGAUGGAGAGCUGCAGUCUCAUAAGGAGAGAAUCAAUUCUGACAGUGUUGUGCUUACUGAGCAUGAAACUGAUAGGACAGAAGCCAAAGAAGAAUAUGGCCCUACAAUUUCUGAAGAGAGUGAUGAUCACCCAGAGAACCUAAUAGUUGAUGGAGGGCUGCAGGGGAAAAUCGAUAACAGCGCUAUGCCUACUGAGCAUGAAACUGACAUGACAGCAGUCAAAGAACAAUCUGACCCUAUAAUAUGUGAAGACAGUGACGAUUAUCCGGAGAACCUAAUGGUUGAUGGAGAGCUGCAGUCUUAUAAGGAUAGAAUUGGUUAUGACAGUGUUGUGCCUACUGAGCAUGAAAUUGAUAGGACAGAAGUCAAAGAAGAAUCUGGCCCAAAAAUUUCUGAAGAUAGUGAUGGUCACCUAGAGAUAUUGGUUGAUGGAGAGCUGCAGUCUUAUAAGGAGAGAAUCGAUUAUGAGAGUGUUGUGCCCACCGAACAUGAAACUGAUAGGAAAACAGCCAAAGAAGAAUCUGGCCCUACAACUGAAGAUAGUGAUCAGUAUGGAGAUGCUUUUGCAACCAAUAAGGAAUUAGAAGAUAGUAAUCUACCCAAUGCUAUUUUGCCCCUCCUGCAUUCUUGCCAGUAUGAAAGCUCUGAAUCAUCCUGCAGUUUUCAAGGCUCACCUUGUGAAGACAGAAAUUUCAGGAGGGAUAUUGAUGAUAAUGAGACAGAAGAUGCAUCUUUUUCUGGCCAAGAGAAGUUAAAUGACUUAAAUGAUAUUCUUGAAUGGGCCAUGGAAAAUGAUCACGGACCGCUACAAAUUAUAUGCGAGUAUUACCGGCUAAAGUGUCCUGCCAAGGGUUCAGCACUUACAUUUCAUCCUUUGGAGCACCUGCAUCCCUUGGAAUAUCAUAGACCAGCCGGAACAGUACCAUGUCGUACUAGUUCAAUAUUUGAUUUGAAAAGUUGCAGUACCGGUCCAGAGUUAGCUGAUGCACAUAACACUCCCGUGGUAGAAGAGGCAACUUCAUUAUCUGUAUGGACUAUAGCUUGCUUAUGUGGUACCUUAAGACUUGAAAAUGUAUUAACAUUCUUAGCAGGAGUUCUGCUGGAAAAGCAGAUAGUUGUUGCCUGUUCUAAUUUGGGAGUCCUAUCUGCUUCAGUUUUAUCGGUUAUUCCGCUAAUCCAGCCCUACCGAUGGCAAAGCCUGCUAAUGACAGUUUUACCAAAUGACAUGCUUGACUUUUUAGAUGCACCUGUUCCUUACAUAGUUGGUAUCAAGAACAAGAUCAGUGAAGUCCAGUCGAAGUUUACCAAUGUUAUUGUGGUUGAUGCCAACAGAAACCAGGUGAAGUCGCCAACGCUACCACAACUGCCAAGACAAAAAGAGCUAAUAUCCUCUUUACGCCCUUAUCACGACACUCUUGUAGGAGAAAGUUACUUGGGAAAGAGAAGGCCAGUUUAUGAUUGCACAGAAUUGCAGAUUGGAGCUGCCAAGGGGUUCCUUUCAGUGUUGCGGUCUUAUCUGGAUUCUCUUUGCUAUAACAUCCGUUCUCACACAAUUACCAAUGUACAAUCAAACGACGAUAAGGUAUCUUUGCUUUUGAAAGAGAGUUUCAUCGGCUCAUUCUCAUACCGCGAUCAGCCUUUCAUGAAGCUUUUCAUCGAUACACAGCUUUUUUCUGUACACACAGACAUUAUGCUCUCUUCUUUACAAAACGAAUAG